AUGGUGUCCUCGAUACAAGCCACCACAGGAGCCCCCUGGUGGCUCACGCUGAUUGGCUCCACCCUCGCUCUCCGCCUGGCGCUCUUCCCCCUCACGUGGCAUCAGAUGAGCAUCAGCUCACAGCUCGCCGAACUAGGGCCUAAACUGCCCCCGCCCUUCCCUCUCCCUGGCAGCGGCAUGACAUGGCAACAGGCAUGGGCGCUGAGGCAGAGGAGGAGGAAGCAGCUGAACGCGCCCUCCGCACUCUGGCUGCUCGCUGCUCCUACUGUGCAGAUCCCACUCUUCUUCACCUGGAUCUUCACCAUGCGUCACAUGGCCCUCUCAGCGCACCCGGGAUUCGACGUGGGUGGCUGUCUGUGGUUUGAGGACCUCACAGCCUUCCCUCACGGCGUGCUGGGUUGGGUGCUUCCGCUCUCCAUUGCUGCUUCUUUCUACUCCUCAGUGCAGGUGCUCUCCCUUCCACCACCCUUGCCACCCUCACCAACCUCCUCCCACUCCUUCACCUCCCUCUGCUGGUUGGGUGCUUCCCCUCUCCAUCGCUGCUUCUUUCUACUCCUCAGUGCAGGUGCCCUCUCUUCCACCUCCCUUGACCCUCACCACCCUCCCCCACUCCUUCGCCUCCCUAUGCUGGGCUGGGCUGACCACCUCCCUUCCUCCCCCUAG